AUGAGCUCGCAGAUUGCACAACGAUUCUCAAGGACACAGGCCGAAUUCCAGCCCUCCUCUACUGCGUCCGAAGUGAUUGAACAAGACGAAGAACUCAUCGCUUCUCUGCAAAGCAGGCCUAGCUCGUUGUGCGCACGUUGCGCCCGCUACGACAUCGUUGGGGCCUUCACAGAAUCGAAACCGCUGGAUGAUGUCGAGAUACUCAAACGGGACGAGUUGGGACCCGAUGCUCAAACAACCCGUAGGCAGUACUAUGACAGUUUACGUCCCUUCAAGUUACGUCUCGGGUGUCCAUCCGAGAUAGUCUUAACGCCUUCGUGCCAGUUGUGCCGACUGCUCUACUGGAUCCUACCACGGAAGAUUGAGGAUGCCGAACUUGAAGUGCAGCUUGAGCCCUACCCAGCACACAUUCGUGAGUCUGGUUGGGAUAUACUGCCUGAGUACACAAAGAAGCAUUCGGCAGUCUUUCUAGGGCUUGCUUCAAUCGAGAGCCUCUUGAUGUCCGGCAUCAGCCAGCCGCUAAAUGCAACAUCCGAUCACAUGAUGCAAGGUAUGAUGACAGGCCCGGCAAUUGGAAUUGAGAUGCCGUCUCCGGAUCGAAGCGCCUACAACGUUCAAGAAUAUGGCAGUGCUGUUGAUUUGUCCCUUCUUCGAAAGAGUCUGGACUACUGCCUAGAGAACCAUGGGUCCUUUUGCCAGCUCGAGAAACCCGAAGAAAUAAGCGAGAUUAGUGUGAUCGACGUGUUUUCGAGAAAGGUCAUACCGUAUCUUGAACAAGGUGAUUAUGUUGCGUUGAGUUAUGUGUGGGGAGGCGUAAAACCACAGAAGGAGGCUCUGGCGAAUGGGUGCCUUCCCCAGACCAUCGAAGAUGCUAUCUUCGUUACCAAAGGCUCAGAACGCAAUGACCCCGACCCCCCAGAGUUGGUCAACGGGCGUAUGAGGCUCUUCGACGGCAUGCUGCACGAAUAUACCAACCGUCGUAUGACAAACGACUCUGACUCGCUCAAUGCUUUCCUGGGCAUGAUCAGCGCCUUCGAGCGACGGCUCUUCAAAACCAAAUUUCUUCACGGUCUUCCGCUUAGCAGCCACCCUACAUCUCUUGCUUGGAUGCACGACAGAAAAUCUGCUCCAAGACGUCGUCCAGCAUUCCCGAGUUGGUGCUGGUCAGGAUGGGAAGGCGUUGUGUCCUUCCCGGAGGACGUCCUCCAUUCUUUUGACAACCAACAGCAAACCACCGAUGGUGUAGAUCAGGAGAAGCGCUCCGUCAUCGACCUCCGCAUUCAGAAGCACCGCUUCGUCGAAAUCGACCUUGAGCCACACAUAGAAAGCUGCGAUGGAAACGAGCUCACGGUCACUGGAUGGUUCGUUCGUUUGACGAUUCAUACAGAGCCUUUCAGCGAAGUUUUCAUUCCUGGUGUGGAGGAGCCGGUGGCUGCAGUCUUGGAGCGCAAUUUCUUGCACAGCAAUACGCUUGAAACGGGAACAUAUCUGUGCCUCGUGGUACAGAGGCACAUUCCAAGGGACGAGGGCCGGGGCUCGGUCAGACAAAAGGUGUUCAUCGUUGUGCUGGAGAGGAAGGGGGAUUGGGUUGAGCGGCGGACGAUGGCGACUCUGACUAUGUGGGGUGGACACGACUUCUUCGUGACGAAGCCAGAAAAGCAGAAUAUGAAAAUACACUGA